UCUACGGCAACUGUUUCACUAUUCUUUUAUAAUUAAGGUUCCUUGUUGGGAAAAUUUUGGCCCCAAUUCAAGGAUUUUCGAGUGUUCCUCCUUCUAAAUUGGAAAAUCCAAGCAAGAUAUUCAUCAUGGAGAAACCAACAGCUCCAUCUUCCAAUCGGAAUACAACCUCCGCCCCCACCGCCACCUCGUCCACCACCGUGGACAGCCAAAACUAUGUAUCACCCCCGCCAUCUCCACUUCAAAACCACCACCAAUAUUACCAACAAGAUAUAGCUAUGGACUUCUCUUCAAUGUACAACUUCAUUUUCCCACCAAAAUCUGCUCUCCCUCUUUCCCUUUCCCUCCCACCUUCCUGUUGCUCUUCCUCGGAUGACCUCCACCUUAAUCUCAAGGUCACAUCUGACGUCAUUGCCACCGAGCACCGCCUCAACCAGGCUCAUCUCGUUCUCGAGUAUCAGCAACUAUGUGACCACUACGACCUGUGCCGUUCUCGCCUCCAAAAUCUCAUCAGAGAGAUCGAAACGCUGCGUAAUGAGAAUAGCGAUCUUCGGGUGGCCAACAUUGAGUUGAUCAAGCUUUUAAGCCUGUCGUCCCAAGCUGCCACGGAUAAUCGAAACCUCCAAUGUGAAGAACUGCCGGAUUUGAGCGUGAAAAGGUGGGAGAGGAGGAAUAACAGCGCGCAGAGGAGUUCACUGCCGAAGAGCGUUUCAGUGAGGUCAAGUGGUUAUCUUAACGUCAACCAACAGCAAGGUUCGAGCAACCGGCAGCGAGUCGUAAACCCGUCGCCGCAGGUGUAUGUGCCAUCUGAGUCAAGAAGAGAAGACAAGGCAAUUGAAUUCGAUGUACACAAUCAAGGAACGGUUAAGACAGAGCUGUGCAACAAAUGGCAGGAGACCGGCACAUGCCCCUACGGCGACCAUUGCCAGUUUGCCCAUGGCAUCACAGAGCUACGUCCUGUUAUUAGGCAUCCAAGGUACAAAACCGAGGUUUGUCGGAUGGUCCUUGCCGGCGAGACCUGUCCGUAUGGCCACAGGUGUCACUUCCGUCACUCUCUUACUGAACACGAACAACUACUAAUUUCGCGUUAAUUCAAAUUAUUCGGCUCAUAGAACUGUAAAUAUUUUGAUGCUAAUAAAAUCAGAAGUAUCUGCAAGAAAGUAGUAGGGUUCAAAGUCUUAAUUAUAAUAAUCCAAUAAUUUUUUGUGAUAAAUGGGGUUACAUACCGAAGUAAUGUGUGAUAUCUACUGUUUUAUUAAUUGUAUGUUAUGUACGAGAAUUGUUUAUAUAUAAGAGGACGUGAUGAUCAAUGUAUCACAUGCAAAUUUUGUUUAACCAUUUUUAGGAC